UUUAGGACGCUUCUCAGUUGUUCAGGCCAUCGCAGAGGUCCACGCCUGUUGAUCAAGACCGCGUUACGAGCUAUUUCCGCCUCAGCGCUGCUGCUCGAGAAAUAACAAUCUCCCGCCACCCGCCGCCCUCGUUAUGGCACAGAUAGAGGUCCUUGAGACUGCAGAAAGCUUUAGAGAAGUCGAUAGAGAAUACAAAUUUUCGCAUACGCUCAUCGUAUAUCGGAUGGACAACGGGAUCUAUCAUGCACUAUCGCAGGCUCGCUGCUCCACAACCAAAGUCGACAAUCAAUGUCUAACGGACAAUAUCCAAGUCCCUAUUGCUGCCUAUCAGCCCCUCUUCCCACCGGGCCUAACACGAGCCCCGGAUCCGUUGCCGGUCGACAGCUAUGUCAAACGCCCGAGACUUAUCUCUUACAAUCGACUUCGGAAUAGUAGAAGACCCACCUAUAUCGCCGACCAAGUUCUUAAAGAAGCAGAAGUCUGCGAAAUCGUUGAGCGACAUCCCUAUCCCAAUAUCGCGAAAUACCUUGGUUGCGAAGUUCAUAAUGGUUAAAUUACAGGCAUCUGCUUCGUCAAGUACCCAGAAACCCUAAUGCAAAGGGCGAAUCCUCGUGGUUAUAUGAAGGGGGCUUAUACGUAUUGCAGCCAA